AUGGCGAGUCAAACUUCUGAUCUGUUAGGGCAAGUUCAAGCAGCUCACCAAUUCGAUCACGACUCCUUAUUCCGUUAUGCCUCUCUUCAUGUCCCUGGAUUCCCUUCCUCAGCUUCAAUUUUCUCUGUCAAGCAGUUUGGACAUGGACAAUCAAACCCUACGUUUUUAUUGGAAGUGGAUAAUGGAGGUUCCUUGAAACGGUACGUUUUGAGAAAGAAACCAUCUGGUAAACUGCUUCAGUCUGCUCAUGCUGUUGAUAGAGAAUAUCAGGUUCUUCGGGGGCUGGGUGAACAUACAAAAGUUCCAGUUCCCAAAGUAUUUUGUUUGUGUAGGAAUGCGAGUGUGAUUGGAACUGAGUUUUACAUUAUGGAGUAUUUGGAAGGACGCAUUUUCAUAGACCCUAAGCUUCCGGGUUUGGCACCGGACAGAAGGGGGGCAAUUUAUAGAGAAACUGCUAAAGUAUUGGCUGCUUUACAUUCUGUUGACGUGGAUGCUAUUGGUUUAGGAACAUAUGGACGGCGAGACAACUAUUGUAAAAGACAGGUAGAGAGAUGGACCAGACAAUACAUUGCAUCAACUGGUGAUAGUAGGUAUCCGAGUAAUCCAAAGAUGUUGGAGCUGGCUCAUUGGUUGCAGCAACAUAUUCCUACUGAAGAUUCCUCAGGAGAAGGAAUAGUUCAUGGGGACUUUCGCAUUGAUAACGUAGUAUUUCAUCCCACUGAGGAUCGAGUAAUUGGUAUUCUUGACUGGGAAUUAUCCACAUUGGGAAACCAGAUGACUGAUGUUGCCUACAGCUGUUUGGCUUACAUUGUGGAUAAUAACCUUGAAAAUCAACAAGUGGGUAAAGGUUUUGAAAUUACUGGAAUUCCAGAAGGAAUUCCUUCACAGGCAGAAUUUCUGGCAGAAUACUGUUCUGCAUCUGGAAAACCAUGGCCUGCUGCUGUGUGGAAGUUCUAUAUUGCCUUUGCUAUGUUUCGUGGAGCAGCAAUUUUUGCUGGGAUAUACAGUCGAUGGCUCCUGGGCAAUGCCUCGGGAGGUGAGCGUGCUCAAAAUGCAGGAAAGCAGGCUAAUGAUCUUGUAGACUCUGCUUGGGCUUAUAUUGCAAGAAGAUCUGUGCUUCCUGAUCACCCUCCAUCUGAUUCAAUUGCACGAGAUUACAUGAAACAAGUUGGUGAUGGAAAUGAAACUGGGAGGUUUGUUCCCAAUGAAAAGGUCCUAAAGUUGAGGAACAAGUUAAUCAAGUUUAUGGAAGAUCACAUUUACCCCAUGGAAAAUGAGUUCUACAAACUUGCUCAGUCUUCUUUGCGUUGGACAGUGCACCCAGAGGAAGAGAGGCUAAAGGAGCUGGCAAAGAAAGAAGGAUUGUGGAACUUAUGGAUACCUUUCGAUAGUGCUGAAAGAGCUAAAAAAUUACUAUUUGAUGGAAGUAGUCACAUAAUCUUUAAUGGUGAGCAUGAUCAGUUCCUUGGUGCUGGCCUCUCAAACCUUGAAUAUGGAUGCCUUUGUGAGAUCAUGGGUCGUUCAGUUUGGGCUCCACAGGUGUUCAAUUGUGGUGCACCCGACACUGGAAAUAUGGAGGUAUUGUUGCGCUAUGGGAAUAAAGAACAUCUCCUCGAAUGGCUAGUUCCAUUGCUUCAGGGAAAGAUACGCUCUGGAUUUGCAAUGACAGAACCACAAGUUGCAUCAUCUGAUGCAACAAAUAUUGAGUGUUCCAUUAGAAGAGAAGGGGAUACGUACAUCAUUAAUGGUAGCAAGUGGUGGACAAGUGGAGCCAUGGAUCCAAGGUGUAAAGUUCUUAUAGUCAUGGGAAAAACAGACUUCACUGCUGCUAGUCACAAGCAGCAGUCCAUGAUAUUGGUAGACAUUCAGGCUCCAGGUGUACACAUAAAAAGGCCACUCAUGGUCUUUGGCUUCGAUGAUGCACCCCAUGGCCAUGCUGAAGUUUCAUUCAAUAAUGUACGUGUUCAUGCAAAGAACAUUCUACUGGGAGAAGGACGUGGAUUUGAGAUUGCUCAGGGUAGACUGGGCCCUGGAAGAUUGCACCACUGCAUGAGAUUGGUAGGUGCUGCUGAGCGGGGCAUGCAGUUGAUGGUUAGAAGGGCUCUCAGCAGAAGAGCAUUUGGAAAAUUAAUAGCAGAGCAUGGUUCAUUUCGUUCAGAUGUUGCCAAGUGUCGAAUAGAGCUUGAGAAGACAAGACUGUUGGUUCUUGAGGCAGCUGAUCAGCUUGAUCGGCUUGGAAACAAAAAGCCCGUGGUAGCAGCUCCAAAUAUGGCACUCAUGGUUCUUGACUCGGCAAUGCAAGUGCAUGGUGCGGCUGGCUUAUCAUCUGACACGGUUUUGGCCCAUCUUUGGGCAACUGCAAGAACAUUGAGAAUUGCAGACGGCCCUGAUGAAGUCCAUUUGGGAACUAUUGGCAAGUUAGAAUUACGGAGAGCUAAACUUUAA